CUUCUUGUAAUAUUUACUCUCACCAAAACAUAGUUACCACGAAAAGUUACCUUUGAUGCAAGCAAAUCAAUGGCAGAACGUGCAGAAUAGAACUUUUACAAAAUGGUUUAACACAAAACUUUCAUUACACGAUUUACCUGCGGUUUUUGACCUUGGGAAAGAUUUAUCAGACGGAAUACUGUUGAUUCAGCUGUUAGAAAUAAUAGGUGAUGAACAAUUAGGAAAAUACAAUCGAAAGCCUCGUCUCCGUUUACACAAACUUGAAAAUGUCAAUAAGGCCUUGGAAUAUAUUAAGAGUAAAGGAAUGCCUUUAACAAACAUUGGUCCAGCUGACAUUGUUGAUGGAAAUCUAAAAUUGAUUCUCGGUCUUAUCUGGACUUUGAUUUUAAGAUUCACAAUUGCUGAUAUUAAUGAAGAAGGUUUGACUGCUAAAGAAGGUUUGCUGUUAUGGUGUCAACGAAAAACAGCAAAAUAUCGCCCAGAGGUGGAGAUUCAUGAUUUCUCUAGAAGUUGGACAAACGGCUUGGCGUUCUGCGCUUUAAUUCACAAGCACCGACCAGAUCUGUUAAACUACCAUGAACUAGACAAAAAAGAGAAUCGAAAAAAUAUGCAACUAGCAUUUGAUAUUGCCCAAGAGCAUAUUGGUAUCCCUCGUUUGAUUGAUGUCGAGGACGUUUGUGAUGUCGAUCGUCCCGAUGAACGCAGUAUUAUGACUUACAUUGCCGAAUACUUUCAUGCUUUUUCUACUUUAGAUAAAGUUGAGACUGCAGCGAGGAGAGUUGAGAGAUUUACUGAAGUUUUAAUGUUAACACGUGCGAUGCAGGAAGACUAUGAGACUCGUAUGAAACGACUUCUAGAGAGUAUUUCUCGAGUUCGUGAGUACUGGAAAGCCUCUACUUUUGAGAACACAUAUUCUGACGUUAAGGCUCAUUCUCGGGAUUUCGUUGGUUUUAAAGCAGCUGAAAAACGAGAAUGGGUAAAAGAGAAAAUUGAUCUUGAGUCACUACUAGCAACAAUACAGACGAGUUUGAAAACUUAUCAACUUCGAAUAUAUGAGCCUCCUGCUGGCUUGAAGAUCGUGGAUCUGGAACGCGAAUGGAAAGAUUUUCUGACUGAGGAAGCAGAUCGCUCCAAGUUAAUUAAUACCCGUAUGAGAGAAAUUAAAGAAAGCAUGCGUAUUUCAUUUGCAGAACGUGCAAACAGUUUCUCAAAAAUGCUCUCAACCAUUUCAAACGAGAUUUCUAACCUUCAAGGAGAAUGGAGGGAUCAGUUAGAGCACGUUGAGUUUUUACAAGAGCAUCUGGGCCCUUUGGAAAUCGAACUAGCUAGCGUGAAGGUACAUUCUGACAAUUGUAAGGAAGCAGGUAUAGAAGAAAACGACUACACGUUGUUUUCCUAUGAUGAUUUGGAACACGAAUACAGUGUUACAGCUGAAAUUAUUGCUCAUAAAAUAAAGUACUUGCAAAAUGAAAUUUUGGAAAGAGAGAAACGUACACUCUCAAAGCAAGAAUUAGAUGGUAUAGCGACCGUCUUUCGUCAUUUCGAGAAGAAGAAGUCAAAUAUGUUGAACGAGCUGGAAUUUUAUGCUGCAUUGGCUUCAUUGGGUUUAGUUUAUGACUCGGAAGAAGGUAUGGCCUUAUUUGAGAGAGCAUCGAAUGGCGAAGAAGGGGUUACAUGCGAACGUUUUACAGAAGUCGUGAUGGAGGAACUAGAAGAUCGUGACAGUGCCCGUCAAGUUUUGUACGCCUUUUGUGACGUUGCUGAUGGAAAAUCCUAUGUUACAGUGGAAGACUUAAUGAAAAGCCAAGUCCGUCCAAAUUUUGUGAAUUUUUUGGAAACAAACAUGAAGAAACGCACUGAGGGAAUGGAUUAUUUAACAUGGAUCAGAGAAUUAAUCGCGGAGGACAAAGAAUUUCCUUGACAACUAUGAAAAUUUAAUUUCAGAUACACUCUUUUGAUACAAUAUCUUUUUGCACUAUAGACUACUUGAUAGGAAUUUGUGCUGAAUAAUUUAUUAUAAUCUAUGAAAAUUAAGCAAUAUGAAGAAAAAUAGCGAAAGAGCGAAAUAAGCUGGAAUAGAUACACGAUUGUAUCAUUGU